GCAUACCGGUUUUUCGCUUUAGGAUGGGGUCAUAUUUGACGGUAAUCGCUCACGUUCGGAGCGAGUAGUCGGUCAUUGGCCGGGAGGUGAUCCCGGCCAGCUGACUGCUGCUCUCGCUCGCCUGCAAAUCGUCUUGCCGCACGUGGCACUGGUCGUCGUCACCUGCAUAUAUGUCUUGUUCGGUGCGUCGGUUUUCAUCGCCAUUGAGAGGAGUCCGGAACUGGCGCAGAAGGACGCCGAGGUGGAGCGCAUGCGUCGCGUUUGGGGUGCAGUCCUGGACAGCAUCUGGCGCCACGGCCACGAGUUCAGCAACGAGUCCGAUUUCUGGCAACAUACCACGAACAGCAUGCAACUGUUCGUCGAGGAAACGUUCUCGGCGUUUGAGAAAGGCGUCACUGCCCACAACAUCGUCACCAACACAUCUACAGUAUCUUGGAAUUUCAAAUCAGCCGUUCUUUUCACCACCGUCAUCAUUACUACAAUUGGUAAAUAA